GUCACUGUCGCACUCCCGGCGCAUCGCUAACACAAGCGAAACUGCGUAAUUUCAUGCAUGUUGUUGCUGUAAACAGAAAGGACUAUUCGUAAGAUCACUGCUUUGUUUUUGUUUUCUUUCUAGAAACAUCUUUUCAAAGCUACAGCGUGAUAAACACUUUCUCGCCUAUGCUUCUCCGGUCACUUCAGAAUGAGCCCCCAACUGUUAGCCACCAAGCUAAUGUAUAAACAUAACGUUUAGAUUCGUUGCUAGCAAGCUAAUCGACCCGUGGAUAAAGUGUACGCACGAACAGACAACAUGGGAGAUUCAUCACCACUGUCAGGGGUGAAUGUGGUUUUGGUAAUGGCCUAUGGGAGUUUGGUGUUUGUACUGCUGUUCAUCUUCGUCAAAAGGCAAAUCAUGCGUUUUGCCAUGAGAUCCCGUCGGGGACCUCACGCACCCAUUGGCCACAAUGCACCUAAGGGUUUGAGGGAAGAGAUUGACUCCAGGUUGUCCAAAGUCCAGGAGAUCUGUUUCGAACCUCGUCUCCUAUCAGAAGAAGACGACAGGCUGAAGCAGGGAUUACAAAUUAGUUGCUACAACUACCUGUACAGAAUGAAAGCUCUGGAUGCCAUCCGUGACUCAGAAAUUCCUCUGCAGGAGAUAAGCCGCAGUCCCAGUGCAUUCACAGGGCGCAACUUCAGGAAUUGGCUGCUAGAGUUGCGCAACUCCCACUCUCUGAUAAAGAGCAGCCACAGCGCACUCAUUGACCGCUUGCUUGAGGGCUACGACAGCGCUCGCCAUGGGACUGGGGUGUUUGGGGAAGCAGAGUUUCUUGAAUACCAGCAGGCUCUCAACGAACUAGCUGAUGUGGUGAAGGCCUAUUCCAGCACCACCAGUUUGGACCAGCAUCACCAGUCCGCAGCCAAGGACCUGACAGGGUCUCCUGUCCGCAGCACUCCCUCCACCAUCCAGGUCACCUACCUGCCCUCUACUGGCCAGCGCAGCAAGAGGCCCAAACAUUUUUUGGAGCUCAAAAGUUUCAAAGACAACUACAACACACUGGAGAGCACACUGUGAAACGCUGCAGUUACAGACUGACUUUCAGAAAAAAUGGCAUGGUGUGUGAGCAUGUGUACACAAUGGUUACACAACCUACUGGGACUCAAAAAGUUGUAAAAGACUGUAACUUGGUUUUAAAAUUGAGCUGUAAAACUGUGACCCACAAAUUAAGUUUGGGAAAACUUCUCUAGUAAGUUCAGAUAGGGGAAUGUUCAUUGUGAGAGGCUGUCAUACAUAUUUUUCAAGUAAUUUACAAGAAGUAUACAGAAAAUGUCCCAGGUCAGAACAAUUGUUAACAUAUUGCAGUCACAAGCUCUUUUCUUCUCAUUGUGAUGAAGCCCUUAUGUGUACAUGUUACACCAAAGCCUUUGAUUUUAUUUUGGACCUAAUGAGCGCGACAAAUAUGAUUGUAGCCAACCUGGCAAGGUUUUCAUCGUCAUUUUUGUAAAAACAACAAGGUUAAUGACAGAUCACCUGGAUCCAUUUUUAUUUUUUCUCUUAAGUCCAAAUGUAAAUAUGAAUGUAUCUUUUGAUUCAUUAUGUGUUUGUAGAGAUGUAAGAUAUUUAUAUGGACAGUUAUAACUUAUUUAAUUGAUACAGUGUGAUUUUUGUAUCUAUGUGAGGUUGAAUACUUUUGUGGUUUGAGAUUAAAAAAAAAAAAAAAAAAAAAAAAGACGACCAACC